AUGCAGAGCACCGUCGUGCUUUACACAUGGAUGGUCAGGGGCCACCUCCACCCCAUGACACAGUUCGCCCACCAUCUCGCCGCACAUGGCGUUCCUGUCACCGUCGCCGUCGCCGACGUCCCGUCUAUAGGCAAGUCCUCUGAGACCAUUGCCGGCCUCGCCGCAUCCUAUCCUUCCGUCUCCUUCCACCUACUCCCGCCGUCGGCGACCCGUUCCGCCCAGACGGCUGACCCCGAUGCCGAUCCAUUCAUCGCCCUUGUCGCCGACCUCCGCGCCACCAACUCUGCCCUCCUCGCCUUCCUGAGGCCCCUCCCGUCCCUCAAGGCUCUAGUCACCGACUUCUUCUGCGCCUACGGGUUUGAUGCCGCCGCAGAGCUCGGCGUCCCGGCCUACCUUUUCUUCACCUCCGCUGCGUCGGUCCUUGCUGCCUACCUGCACAUCCCCGUCAUGCGCUCCACUGUCUCCUUCCGGGACAUGGGGCGCUCCCUGCUGCACUUCCCCGGAGUCCACCCAAUUCCGGCGUCUGACUUGCCGGAAGUGCUGCUCGACCGCGGCGACAGCCAGUACAAGACAAUCCUUAGCCUUAUGGAGCAGCUGCCAAGAUCUAAGGGCAUUCUGUCGAACACGUUCGAGUGGCUGGAGCCCCGCGCCGUCAAGGCGAUAAAAGACGGGACUCCCUGUCCCGGCGAGUCAGUACCGAAACUGUUCUGCGUCGGUCCAUUGGUCGGCGAGGAGAGGGGAAGCGCCGUGAAGCACGAAUGCCUGAGAUGGCUAGACAAGCAGCCAGCGCGGAGCGUGGUAUUCCUCUGCUUCGGGAGCGCGAGCUCGGUGCCCGCAGAGCAGUUAAAGGAGAUCGCCGUGGGACUGGAGAAGAGCGGGCACGCGUUCUUAUGGGCCGUGCGAGCGCCCGUUGCGCCGGACGCCGACGCGACGAAGCGGUUCGAGGGGCGGGCCGAGGCGGCGGUGGAGCCGCUGCUGCCGGAGGGAUUCUUGGACAGGACGAGGGGACGCGGGAUGGUGGUUUCCUCCUGGGCGCCGCAAGUGGAGGUGCUCCGGCACCCGGCGACCGGCGCGUUCGUGACGCAUUGCGGAUGGAACUCGACGCUAGAGGGUGUUGUAGCCGGGGUGCCGAUGCUGUGCUGGCCCAUGUACGCGGAGCAGAGGAUGAACAAGGUGUUCGUCGUGGAGGAGAUGAAACUCGGGGUGGCCAUGAGCGGCUACGACGAGGGGAUAGUUAAAGCGGAUGAGGUAGAGGGGAAGGUGAGACUGAUCAUGGAGUCCGAGCAAGGGGAGGAGAUCAGGGAACGGAUGACGAUGGCACAAGUGAUUGCUGCCAAUGCGCUGGAAAGCGGUGGAUCUUCGGCGGCAGCAUUUGUUGACUUCGUGGAUAAUCUGAAGAUUUCGAUAUUCGAUUGA